UCCUUACGGUGAAUUUGCCUUUCUCCGCUGCAGGCGCUCGCUCCCCGGUGGAUCAGGAGGCGCUGCCCCGGUGACCGGAGGUGGGGAUGGGCCGGCGCUCCUCGGACACGGAGGAGGAGGGCAGGAGCCGCAGGAAGAAGAAGCACCGGCGGCGCUCCUCCUCCAGCAGCUCCUCGGACAGCCGCGCCUACAGCCGCAAAAAGUCGGGCCGCAAAUCCAGGUCCAGGUCGCGCUCCCGGGAUCUCCCGUCCUGGUCCCACUCCUAUGAGAAAAGGCGCAGGCACAGAUCCAGCAGCAGCUCCUCCUACGGCUCCAGGAGGAAGCGCAGCCGCUCCCGGGGCAGAGGCAAAUCCUACAGAUCCCAAAGGUCCAGGUCAAAGAGCAGGACCAGGAGGUCGCGGUCGCGGGCACGGCAGCGCUCCUACAGCCACAGCAGCGAGAGGUUCCACCACAGGGCUGGGUCCCUGUGUUCCUUCAAAGGAACUGUGUCACUGCAGGACAGGAUUGUCCAGUUCCUGUAG